AGAGACUUACCUAACCUAACCUAACCAUCACUUUGCAUGGUUUCAGACAGAGCAGGUGAUGUCUAUAAGUUUGACCUCCCCUCUACUACUACUACUACUACUACUACUACUACUACUACUACUUCUGCGGAGGGAACUAUCAAGCCUGUUUUGGGUCAUCUGUCUAUUCUUCUGGAUUUGGCUAUCACCCCAGACGGACAGUACCUGGCCACCUGUGAUCGCGACGAGAAGGUGCGCUUAUCACACCUCUCUCACCCCUGCCUGAUACACACCUUCCUGCUGGGCCAUAAGGAGUUCGUGACGGCCCUCGCAUCCCUCUCGGAGCGACCCCCAUACCUGCUGUCCUGCUCUGGGGAUGGAACGGUCAAACUCUGGAACUACGCGGAGGGAAAAUGUCUCUCUACCCUCGAUGUCUCUCCGUUUCUUUCCUCCGUUUCCUCCACCAUCACGGAAGCGGAGGAGAAGGAGAGAAAAAGCCCCUCCACCUCUCCAUCUCCUUCCACUCCUGCUGUUAAGAAGAUAUUAGCUAUUUCUUCCUCCUCCUCCUCCUCCUCCUCCUCCUCCUCCUCCUCUUCUUCUUCUUCCUUCCUGGUUGCUGCCCUUGUCUAUAGGGCAAAAGAAGUCUUACUCUGCAAAGUGGAGGAUGGUCAUCUCCACUUCAUCUCCUCCACUCCACUUCGAGGAGAACCAAGUGGAGGAGCCUGGAGGAGGAGGAGGAGGCACCAGCGGAGGAGGAGGAAGGGAGGAAGAGGAGGUGGAGCUGGGUCUGUUCUUGUGGUGGAAGAUGGAAGAGGAAGAGGAAGAGGAGGAGGAGGAGGAGGAGGAGGAGGAGGAGGAGGAGGAGGAGGAGGACAGGUGGUGGUGAUGAAGGUGGUGGAAGAUAAGCUGGAGGAGGAGGAGGAGGAGGAGGAGGAGGAGGAGGAAGAAGAGGAGGAGAAGGGCUUGGUCGGGCUGAGAAGAAGAUAUCGCCAGUUGUACAAAGCAGGAGCCCCGAACAUUCAAGGAGGCGUGGAAUUUCUAUACAAGCAGAAAUUUGACAACAUCGGAGAAUACCUGAAAAAGAAGAAGGAGAGGAUGGAGUUGAUGGAGGUCGGACUGCCAUUGACGAAGAGGGGACGCUUUCUCAAGUGAAGAAGAUGGAGGAGGAGGAGGAGGAGAUAGAUAAUUUAAAGAUAAUACGAUAGAUAGGGGAGCUGGUGAUCGUAGAAAUGCUGAAGAUAGUGAUGAUUGUUAAAAUGAAGAUAGGGUGGCAAUGAUGAUGAUGAUGGAAUGAGGAUAAAGAAAAGUUGACGAUGGAAAAAAUAAUGAUGGAAAUGAUGGUAUUUUAAAAGAUGGAUACCAAGCCUUUUCUAAGCACUCAAAGGGAUAGAAGAUGUGUGUUAUCGUCACCCAGAAGAUGGAGGAGAUACCAAGCCUUUUCUAAGCACUCAAAGGGAUAGAAGAUGUGUGUUAUCGUCACCCAGAAGAUGGAGGAGAUACCAAGCCUUUUCUAAGCACUCAAAGGGAUAGAAGAUGUGUGUUAUCGUCCCCCAGAAGAUGGAGGAGAUACCUAGCCUUUUCUAAGCACUCAAAGGGAUAGAAGAUGUGUGUUAUCGUCACCCAGAAGAUGGAGGAGAUACCAAGCCUUUUCUAAGCACUCAAAGGGAUAGAAGAUGUGUGUUAUCGUCACCAAGAAGAUGGAGGAGAUACCAAGCCUUUUCUAAGCACUCAAAGGGAUAGAAGAUGUGUGUUAUCGUCCCCCAGAAGAUGGAGGAGAUACCAAGCCUUUUCUAAGCACUCAAAGGGAUAGAAGAUGUGUGUUAUCGUCCCCCAGAAGAUGGAGGAGAUACCUAGCCUUUUCUAAGCACUCAAAGGGAUAGAAGAUGUGUGUUAUCGUCCCCCAGAAGAUGGAGGAGGAGGAGGAGGAGGAGGAGGUGUGAGUAUUGAUGUUUGUAGGAGAAAGUCUCAUUGAUGGUGAAGAUUCUGUGCAGAUGAAGAUGAUUAAGAUGACAAUAGAUAAGAGAUGAUGUAAAGAUCCUGACAAGAUAGACGAUAUGAUGAUAAGGGGGAGUGAAGAUAAUGAUGGGGAGGAUAAUAGUGAGAUAUCUUUUGUAAUUAUUGAAAGGAAAAUAAAGGAAAAAAAUACUGUCUCUCUCUCUCUCUCUCUCUCUCUCUCUCUCUCUCUCUCUCUCUCUCUCUCUCUCUCUCUCUCUCUCUCUCUCACACUCUCUCUCUCUCU